CCUAAAGUUAGUAACUGAUCAAAUUUUCAGUAGAGAGAGAAAGAGAUUAGUUUUAGAGAGAGAAAGAGGGAAGUGUUUGGUGAAUUGUUGAAUUUUUCAUGUCAAUGAAACAGACUCCUAUGUCUCCAAACAAACACACCUCUAAUGGAAGUGCUAGUGUUUUGCCACUGGAAAACGCCUUUAGCGAAUCACUUGCCAUGUUGAAUUCUGAGAAGGCUGUAGAAGAACUUAUUCAACAGCCAAUUCUUCACGGGAUUGAUGACCAUCUGAUUGAGUUUGCCGAGGCUUUGAGAACUGUCGCAAAGGCACUAAGACAAGCUGCUGAAGGAAAGGCUUCUGCACAAGCUGAGGCUUCUGAAUGGAAGCGUAAAUAUGAAUUGGAGAGGACACGUAAUUUGCAGUUAGAGAAUAAAGCAAUGCCAUCGGAGAAGCAUUUAGAUGAGAAUGGGCGAGUCGUACACUUGACAAACAAACCUUUACUAUCAGAUGGCGCUGUGGAGAAAUCCGACAGGUGUUGUGGGGAGCAUGGAAUUUGCUCUCAUCAGGUUCUUCGUGAUGGAGAACAUGAUCAUGAUGCCAGUGUUAUUCGAAACAAGAUGACCAGAAAGGCAUCAUUCAAGUUGUCAUGGCGUUGCAAAGGUGAAAAAAGUGAUCAGAAAAAACACGACAUCGUCUCUUUUGAAAAGGGAAACAUAACAACUGCUGAACGCAGCAGUAAACAAAUUUCUUUGAAGUGGGAAUCUCCCCCACAAACGGUGCUUAUAUUGACAAAGCCAAAUUCAACUGCUGUUAGAAUACUUUGUUCAGAAUUGGUCAGAUGGCUAAAAGAGCAGAAAAGCUUGAACAUUGUCGUUGAACCGCGGGUGCGCACUGAACUUCUAACAGAGUCGUCGUACUACCAGUUUGUACAAACUUGGGAAAAUGACAAGGAAAUUAUGUCUCUCCACUCAAAGGUUGAUCUUGUUGUAACUCUCGGUGGGGAUGGAACCGUCCUUUGGGCAGCUUCAAUGUUCAAAGGUCCAGUUCCUCCGGUUGUUCCAUUUUCUUUAGGUUCUCUUGGCUUCAUGACCCCGUUUUAUAGUGAGCGUUACAAGGAAUAUCUCGAUUCAAUUCUUCGUGGUCCCAUAAGCAUUACACUGAGGCAUCGUCUCCAGUGUCACGUGAUUAGAGAUUCAGCUAAAAGUGAUCUGGAUAGUGAAGAGCCCAUACUUGUUCUCAACGAAGUCACAAUUGACCGUGGGAUUUCAUCAUUUUUAACAAAUCUAGAAUGCUAUUGCGAUAAUUCUUUUGUUACUUGCGUACAAGGGGAUGGCUUAAUUUUAUCGACAACAUCUGGAAGCACAGCAUAUUCUCUUGCAGCUGGAGGAUCAAUGGUCCAUCCUCAGGUUCCCGGCAUCCUCUUUACACCUAUCUGCCCACAUUCUUUAUCCUUUCGCCCUCUCAUUUUGCCCGAGUAUGUGACAAUACGAGUACAAGUACCUUUCAACAGCAGAGGUCAUGCAUGGGCGUCAUUUGAUGGAAAAGACAGGAAAAAGUUAGCACCGGGAGACGCCCUUGUUUGUAGCAUGGCAACUUGGCCUGUACCAACUGCAUGUCAAGCUGAUUCCACCAGUGACUUUUUACGGAGCAUACAUGAAGGUCUUCACUGGAAUUUGAGGAAGACGCAAUCUUUUGAUGGCCCUCGUGAGACGUGAUCAUCUCUACUAACCAUUUAUCUGGUAAGGAAAUGAGAGGUUUUCCGAAUAUGACUUGUUUCGAAGCAGAGAGAUCUUGAUACAUAUAUACACCUAUAUAUAUAUAUAAGUUCAAAUGUAGAACUAACUAUGAGGAUGAUGAGUCUCAACUUUAGGUGCUUUAUUGUUGUUUUUAACUUAGACAUAUAAUUACAAUAAUAAGAAUAUAGAAGGAAGUUUAUACCAUUUU